AUGUUUAAGGUUGAUGUCAACUGGUAUUAUGCUUUUACCAUCUUGGUGAUUGCUGCAGGUGGUAUUCCAAAAGGCUACGAUGAGGGUGGAUUCAGCGCCUCAACAGGCUUGACUUCCUUCAAGAACGACUUCGGUCUCGCCACCUCUCUCUGGAAGAACAACCCCUCAGGACUCGCCGAUCGCAAAGCCAACAUCUCCUCGUUUGGUGUCCUAGGUGCAGCAUUCGGCUCCUUAAUCGCACUCACGGUGAACGAUCGUCUGGGUCGUCUGCGGUCUUGGCAAUGCUUUGUCAUUCUUUGGGCGAGCGGUAUCAUCAUGCAGAUAUUCUCGUCGGGGAUUAUACCGUUCAUGCUGUUUGCGAGGAUAUGGGGAGGUCUUGGAGCGGGUGGUUUGACGGUCGUGGCGCCGCUGUAUUUGUCGGAGAUUGCGCCUGCGAAGUCGAGGGGUAUGGUUGUUAGUAUGUAUAUGGUGGUUUUGCUUUCAUUUCUUACGCUUGGUUUCUUCAUCAACUAUGCCGCCAACAAAACGAUGGCAUCAACAGCUACACAAUACCGUCUCGUUCAAGCCGUACCCCUCAUCCCUGUCGGCCUCGCAUUCGUCUCCUCAUUCUUCCUCUCCGACACACCUCGAUACUUCGCUUCCAAAGAUAGGGGAGAUGAGGCCUUGGCAGCGCUUGCUCGUCUUCGGAAUUCGAAGAGUGUUGAUGACAGCUUGGCGGAGGAGUACGAGGAGAUUCAGGAACAGAUCAAGAACAAGAGACAGAAUCUUGCCGGAGUUAAAGUAACUACUAUUAUCAAGGAAAUUGCCACGAACUCUUCGUAUAGAGAACGAUUUCUUCUUGGAGCAGCUAUGCAAACUGUUGCUCAGUGGUCGGGGGGAAAUGGAAUUACGUAUUACAUCCCACAGAUCUUCGAAUAUGCGGGUAUUGUAGGCACAAAUACAUCACUCAUCACUUCCGGCGCAUAUGGAAUCGUCAAACUCGUCUUCACACUCGUCUUCACUUGGGGUCUCGUCGACGUCUUCGGUCGUCGCCGCUGCAUGCUCACAGGACUAGGGAUGCAAUGCGGCACACAUAUUUACAUGUCCAUCUACAUGGCGCUAUUUAGAUCAUCCGAGAACAAACCCGCAUCAGACGCAGCCAUCGCAUCCGUCUUUGUCUACGCAGUAGGCUGGUCCAUCGGUCUCUGCACCGUUCAAUAUCUCUACGGGACAGAGAUAUACCCCACGCGAAUCCGCAGCGUGUGCUACGCCACGAACAUGGCACUACACUGGUUCUUCCAAUUCGCAGUUGUGCGAGUUACGCCGAAUAUGUUUGUAAGCUUUGAUAUUUGGGGCGCGUAUGUAUUCUGGGCUAUGGUUUGUGCGUUUGGUUUUGUGCUUUUGGGGGUCUGGGCUCCGGAGACGAAGGGUGUGCCGAUGGAGAUGAUGGAGGAGUUAUUUGCGGGGAAGUGGUGGAUGGGGUGGAAUGCGAAGGUGGAUUUGAGGAGGUUUGAGAGGAAGGAGGGGGAGGACGUGGGUGAGAAGGAUGGAGUGGAGACGGAGGUUGAGAGGAUUUAG